AUGGCUAGAGUGAGACAUACAGGGCAGUCCACGCACACUCAGAAGGUCUACUGCACAAUGAUUGAAUGGGAGAUUGAACAAGGUCUCCUCAAUACCCAGGAGGGCAAUCCAUGGGCUUUCAUAUUCCUCAGAGAGGUUGAGGAUUCCAACAAACAAAUUGGGCAAGGGACAAACAGUGAGCUGUUAGAAAAAGAGGACAAUUUGGAUAGUGAAGCAAAACAGCUGCUCAGCAACCUUGAAGCAAAAAUUGCAAGCCAGUAUCCCAAACACCUCAAAGUACACACAAUGGCAUACAGAAAAGACUUUGGGAACCCUCAGUGCAAGGAGAAUAACAAAUACCCGAAACAACUUUGUGAGCAGAAUUUAUUAGAUAAUGUUUCUCACCUUAUUACGCAGAACAAUGAUAAAACCCACACAACUCUCAUCCUUUAUGGGCCACCAGGCUGUGGAAAAACAGCUGUGAUGUGCAAACUAUCUGAGCAGAUGCAAACUGGUUUAGGGCAAGACAGUGUAGUUGUGAUUCGUUUGCUGGGGACAUCCCAGCUCAGGUCUGCCAUUCACAGCCUGCUGAGGGACAUUUGUCUCCAAGUGUGUUUAGCAUUUGAUUUGCCAUCACCUCCAAACCAGACCAAACAGGCUUGCAGUGAUUUAGUCUCGGUCCUCCCAUAUUUCCUGCUGUUCAUAGGGAAUAUAAAUGGGCUGUCAGACAUGGAGCUGAAGGACAUUUUAUCCCUUAAGGAUGAAGUUCUUAUAGAGAAUCACCACAGCCACCUUCCUUCAAAUAAAACUAUCCUGCGCCAUCCUCCUCUCCACUGGGCACAGCUAUGCAGUGACAUGGGAGAGUGUCUGGAAGAAGGGACGGCAGAUGGCUUCACCCUUCUUUGCUUUGCACACAGGCAAUUUGUUGAAAUGGUGGAGAAUCAUUAUCUAUCAAAACAAGACCAAAUCAAGAGACAUUUUCUCCUGGCAAAUUUCUUCAAAGUAGCCCCUCAGGCACUCUGGUUCUCUGAUACUGUUGCAAAUCUGAGGAAGUUGAGUGAAUUGCCUUUUUAUUUGCUUAAUGCUGGAGGAAUUAAGGAGAUAAAAUGGAAUGUGCUGGGGAAUACGAACUGGAUCAGCUGUAAACCAAUUGUCUCUGGAAUAGAGAACAUUGUUGAUGACUUUGCCACACAUACCAAAUGCAUCAGCUGUCCAGAACUACGCCUUGUGCAGGACACACUUCUCCUUUUGAAGCCUGCAGUCAGCAGUAGACACAGCCCUGGAGAAGUAAGUUUAAUAUACACAGAAAUGUUGGUCAGGCUUCUUUUUUUCGUGCCUUCUUACCCAAAGGUAAUAGGGAAGCUGUGCCAGCAGCGUCUGAGCUGGUGCAGUGUCUGUCCCUACCCUGUUCUCAUUCCACUGCGUGGAUUUCUCCGACCUGGUGGACCCCUACACACAACACUCACCAGAUUCCUCAAAGGUGUCACAGUGAUGGCACUUAGUUCUGAUUACCGGCUGCUGGUGGCAGGUUCCCAGGAUGGCUCAAUGCUUGUCUGGAACAUGGAAGUUUUUGAGAUGCCGCACACUCUCCCUGGGCACUCCACUGAGGUGAGGUGUGUGAAAGGAAAAGGAACCUGUGCUGUUUCAGCUGCCAUGGAUCACAGUCUGCGCAUCUGGAAUUUGAUUUCUGGCAGAGCAAGGUUUAUUAUCCAGGAUACACAUAUCAACGAACAGCCCUCAUCACCUUCAUCCCCAUCUGAGGGAAAACAUUUGCACGGAGUUGGAGGAAGAACAGUGUUGCUGAUUUCCUUGUGUUUCACAGGUGAAGUGUGUGAUAUGCUGGACACCUCUGCCCCAGUGAGAUCUCUGGAAAUAGCCAAGCAAAACCACCUCCUUUUUGCAGGGCUUGUAACUGGAACAGUCCUCAUCUUUCCACUGAACUCCAGGCAGGAUGGAGCAUGCAUCCCACUUCCAGAGUCACAGAAAGCAGUCAACAGCAUGGCAAUCAAGGAGCAGGGAAAGCAGCUUGCCAUAGCAUACGAUGAUUUAGUCCUUAUGCUGGAUAUUAACCCUGCAGAUCCAUGCCCAGUGAUCAACAGGAUCACCUACACCUAGGUCCCUGGCUCUCUGGCUUCUAGAGUGGCUGUCCUUGCAGAUUGCAGAGUCCCAUAAGGCAUGACUAAGGGCCUAGUCCUUUAUGACUGCCCUCAGGCCCAAGUGUUUCCUUUGGAAGGUCACAGAAGCAUCUGUUUGGAAAGCAGCCACGGAGAGCAGUGGGCACUCAGUUGAUCUGAAGAUUCCCUGCAGUGUCUCUGGGACUUGGAGUUCUCUCAGCAGGAACAUGAGAUGUGCUAUUAUAAGGUGCAUUGCUGUGCUUGCUUCUCAAAAGAUGAUAAGUACUUGUACACUGGGAUGCUGGAUCAGUCCAUUACAGUCUGGGAUGUUGCAAGUGGUGAGUAA